AUGCCUGGCAUCACUUCUAGCACCAACAUGGAGGAUUACGCUGAUAUGUUGACACCUUCUGAUUCUCCCUCCGAAUCCCCCUUCUACCCUGUCACUCCUCCCCUGAGCUCCGUUCCCUCGGAGACAGAUCUCACCCUCAAGACCACAGCUGAUAUCACCUCUGAAGACAUUCCCGUUGUAGCCGUUGUUGGUGUUGGUUAUGUUGGAACACAUCUCGUCAGCUCCUUCUCAUCCAAGUACCAGGUCAUCAGAUUUGAUGUUUCAGAGAGACGCAUCAAUGACCUCCGCCAAGAGUUCAAGGGAAACAUGAGGGUCCAGUUCUCCCGUACCCAGAGCGAUCUCGUCUCAGCUACCCACUUCCUCAUUUCAGUGCCUACUCUCCUGAGACCCAACAAAACCAUUGACUCUUCAUACCUCCGCGAUGCCUUGAAGAUGGUCUGCCAGGUGGCCCGUCGAGGCUCAACUAUCGUUAUUGAAAGCUCUGUCGCUGUUGGCAUGACUCGCGAGCUGGUCGGCCCCAUUGCCAAAUGCCUCGGACUCUUUGCUGGCAUGUCCCCAGAGCGCGUUGACCCCGGCCGAACCGAACCUCCUGUCAAGUCAAUCCCCAAGAUUAUCUCUGGUCUCGAUGAUAUCUUGCCUGGCUCCCUCGCGGCUAUUAACCGCAUCUACUCCACCAUCUUCGACAAUGUUGUUACCGUUUCUAAGCCUGAGGUUGCCGAGAUGAUGAAGCUAUACGAAAACUGCCAACGUAUGGUCUGUAUCGCUUAUGCGAAUGAGAUGGCCGAUGCCUGUAUCCCCCACGGUAUUGACCCUUACGAGGUAUGCUCUGCAGCCUCUACCAAGCCCUUUGGCUACAUGCCUUAUGCCCCUGGUGUUGGUGUUGGUGGUCAUUGUAUCCCUGUCAACCCCUAUUAUCUCCUUUCCAAUAGCUCAUUCCCUCUCCUUGAGGCUUGCUCGUCGGCUAUGAAUAACCGCCCAGCCAAGCUUGCGCAUCGCCUACUCUCCUCCCUUCCCAUCACAAAGCCACGGUCACGUAUCCUUGUUGUUGGUCUGGGCUUCAAGCCUGGUCAGUCUCAGCUUGACAAUCCCCCUGGUCUGGAUCUGGUGCGAAGCCUCGCUGUUUCAGGUGCUCAGGUUGACCUCACAUGGGCCGAUACCCUUGUUAAGCAGGAGGCCGUUCCUCAGGUUCAGCGUCUUGCUGAGCACCAGUGGAACAAGGAGUUCCUGGAGACCUUUGAUGUUAUUGUGGUGGCUAUGAAGCAGCACGACAUGGACUUUUCUCUGCUGGCAGACUUGAAAGACGUCCGUGUUGAGAACUGGUGCAAAUAA